AUGAGACGAGCUCGCCCGAAAUCGUACGUGUUGGCCACUUCCACCAGCUUACCAGAAACGGAACAUCCGAUGUCAUUUAGCCACGAUGACAGCAGAGAGUUAUCCUCACUCGGUUCGUUAUCAUCAAUUGAUAGAUCAUCACGUGGAGCGCAUGCCCAACAUGCACAUGCGCAUGGCCAUCGCAUGCAGAAGUUCAUUUCACUAUUUAGUCAUCAGCAUUCGCCGGUAAAAAUGCGUGCAAAACGUUCACGUACAUCACUUCCAAUGUCUCGUACUCCACUGCCAGAUACGAUACUUCGCGCUAAUAAGCUCACACGACAAGGGUGGCUACGGCACCAGGAGCUUGCGCUUGGUAAAACGGGUAAACGACGACAUUGGGAAGAAUGCUAUGCGGUGCUGUUUGAUCGUAGUCUUUAUCUCUGCCCUAAUGAGCCACGUACGACCGUAACCGAAAACACUGGCGAGAAGCUAGUGCAUUUACCUCCAUGCGCACGUGUAGAUGUACAUUCAUCAAUUAUUGAUAUUGCAUAUGAAUGGUUGGCAAUGAGCCAUACAAAACAUGUGUUUCGAUUGGUUACACAGACAAGGACGGAGCAUCUGUUCGAUUUAAAUAGGUGGGAAUUUCAGUGUAUUGAUUUCAUUUGUCAUAAGAGAAUCUACACAAAUCCCUUGAAGAUACCCCCAUCCCUGAAUCAAUGA